AUGAAUCUUUCACGUACAUUGUUAUACUCGCGAUUAUCGCCAAAUUUGGCGUUCCUACGAACUUUUCAAACAACAUCGAAAUUAUUUAGCGGUCAUGAGCCGGAAUAUUAUUGGGCACCGAUUAAAGCUGGAAAUCGUGAAGUCGUUGGUUUUGGAGUUAACGGCGAUCCGGCAUAUCUGGAUCGUUUGGACUAUUGGUAUCCAGCAAUAAGAUUUCGUGAAGAUGAUGAUGUUAUUCGACCGAUUCGUGAAAAAGAAAAGGGCGACUGGAAAAACCUUACAAUUGAAGAGAAAAAAUUGUUAUAUCGAUACAGUUUUAAACAAACUUUGGCCGAAUUUGAAGCACCGAGUGGCUAUUGGAAAUUAAUCGUCGGUAUUUUAUUAUCAGUUAUGGCAUUAGCAACACUUUAUGCCACUUUUCUCAAUCAUUUCGUUCUACAAGGUCCACCACCAACGCUGAAAAAUGAAUAUAAGGAAGCUGUUUUGAGGAAGAAAUUAAUUCUUGAGAAAGGCCAAUUCUUAGGGCCAGCCAGCUAUUACGAUUAUGAAAGAAACCGUUGGAAGGAAUAA